AUGUCACCGUCAUACAUUUCAUUGCCUAUGAGCGCUAUGCAUCACUGUGGUGAUGAUGAGAAUGAGGAGGUAGAGUUUGAGGGUUGGUUGCAGGUUGGUUCUCAUAAUCCCGGAAUGGUGGUGGAGAGUGUCACGAAGUGCCCCGUUGGUGCAGGUUCCGGUAAAAUGUGUGCAAAUUGCGGAGAUACUCCUCACUGUCGUAAGCACUGUGGCGACAAUGGUCAAGGUCUUGGUCGCGGUGAUAGGUCGUGCGGCUCUCGUAGCUGUUUGAACGUUGUGAAGAGGCGUGGUAAUGGAGCUUGCCGCUGCAAAGGUGUCGAGGUUUCGCAGGGAGACACUGACGAUGUGUUUUACGUGAACAACAAGCAACAUGCCCCCAAGAUUUUGGUCCAGAAACCUCAAACUGUGAUUGUACGAAAUCACUCUCGGCCACCAAUUGUCGUACAGCAGCCCCCGCCUAAUGUGAUAGUAAAGAAUGACCCACCACAACCGGUAUUCGUACAGAGCUGCCCACCCAAUGUCGUAGUGAAGAAUGAGAGACCACUACCGGUGUUCAAGGCCCCCGCCAUGCCAGUGAAGUACCCUCAGGUGAUUCAAAGCGGUUACCCUCCGAACUACACGAAGUCCUGUGCCUGUUUGAGGCAUCAUUAUCAAUAG